UAGGUUAAAUAUAACAGAAGGAGCUGUCGGACAAUUGUUGGGCGAGGAUCCCUCGAAGUAGCGAGCGCUUGGGCGUGCUCAUAGAGCACGAAAGCCGCUGAGCUCAACUUAGGGGGGCCUCAACCAAAUGGUUUCGUGCCCAGGCACCUCCUCAAUCAUGCUGUCCCCAAGGCCAAGCAAAGCCGGUGGACUUCGGGGCGUAUCAAAACUUUCGGGAUACCAACCUGCGGCUAAAGCAAAGAAGGUUCAGCGUGCGCUUUGCACAAUUUUUGAGGAAAACGCGCUUGGGUCCUCGCCAUUUUAUCCCAUAAAGGGAUGGCUUGCUUCCCCAGGCGCCCAGCCACAGCAAAGCAACAACGCUAUUAACCCUGCGCUUGGACGGGUCCGCAUGCAGGAAUAUCGGGAUACGCCAGCACUUCGGAAAGCUACUCCAGUAAAGGACAAGCGCAUGGCAAUGCGCGCCAGGUUCGGCAGGCACCGGCUGCAGGGUGACUUGGACGCACUGGCCGAUGAGCUCGGUACCUGCCAGCUUAAGUCUGCACUCAAGCCGGCCCCACCUCAGCACGGGCUCGUACACGGUCUGUCACGUGUUGAGCCCCUGACCAUGAGCAUGGCGCAAGAUGACUAAAUGCGGGUGCGUUUCCCGGUAUACCGGCGUGAUAGUGUUUGUGCGCGCCCGAGCAGUCAACACUGCGGCCAGGCCGGCCGUGAAGAUUUGAUUUGUUGACGGCUGAGGUUGGGAGCUAGGGACAAGUGUACUUGUACGACAGUGUCUAGGGGUGCCGUCUUGGGCUGCAGGUGGUUGUUGUGGUGCACUUCUUUUGGUCACGAUUCAGGGGGAUGUAUUCCAUGUAGGUUGGGCAUUGCGAUCAAGGGCAGGAAGGGUUUACAAGCUAACAGGACAUCACAGACAGGGCAGUAUCACACAGGGUGUAGGGGCUUUUUCACUCAUCAUAACCGGUUCCCGG